AUGCCAGCCUCGGCCGGCCGCUGGCGCGCGGCGGAGCGGAGCGGCUGCGCCGUGGUGGCGUGGGGGCCGGCGGCGGCGGAGCCCCGCAGCGGCAGCGGCGUGGUGCUGAGCCGGCGGCCCGGCGUGGUGCUGUGCCACGGCGCCGUCUUCGCGCCCUUCCUGCGGCAGGGCCCGGCGGCGUGGGGGCGGCGCGAGGCGCUGCGGCCCGACGCCCUGCGGCCCGGCCUGCGGGUGCGCGUGCUGCGGCCGCCGGCGGGGCCCGGCGGGCGCCCGCGGCAGCACGACGCCCGGCCGCUGGCGCUGGUGCCCUGCGCCGCCUUCGCCGAGGCGCUGGCGGGGUCCGGUGCGGCGGGCCGGGCCGAGCCGGCGGGCGAGCGGCGGGCGCUGGCCUGGUUCGCCCUGCUGCGGGUGCCGGCGCUGGACGGCGGCGGCGGGUGGACGGCGCGGGCGGCGGCGGCGGCGCUGCGCAAGGGGCAGGCGCUGGUGGCCUGCGGCUCGCCCUUCGGCGCCCUCUGCGCCGACCUCUUCCUCAACACGCUGAGCGCCGGCGUGCUGAGCAACGCCGCGGGGCCCCGCAACGCCCUGCUGCUCACCGACGCCCGCUGCCUGCCCGGCACCGAGGGCGGCGGCGUGUUCGCCGCGCGGCGCCCGCGCCUCGUGGGUGUCGUGGCGGCGCUGCUCCGCAGCCCGGCCGGCGAGAGCCUGGGGCUGGCGCUCGUCUGCUCCCUUGACGCCAUCCUGGAGGGCCGCCGCCGACGUCUGGCGCAGGCCGGGGCCGUCCCGCCGCCGCCGCUGCCGGAGGACGAGGGCCGCGGGACGAGCUGCUGCGGGGCGUGGCGCUGGUGUGAGUGCGGCAGCACCUGGGGCUCGGGCACCCUGAGCCCCCGGCUGCUGCUCACGUGCCGCCACGUCCUGCAGCCGGGUGGGCGCCUGGCCGUGCGCACCGUGCCUGGCAUCGUGGCCAGCAACGCCAAGGACAGCGGCGCCGGCACCUACCCGCAGCUCAGCUUCUGCGUGCCGCUGGCGGCGCUGCAGCCCGCCCGCCGCUACCUGCGCGCCGGGCACCCGGCCGCCCUGCGGGCGCUCGCCCACGCCGGGGCCGGCGCCGAGGCCCGCGCCGCCUGGCGCCUCCAGCAGGUGCCCCCCGAGUUGCCCCCCAGCAAGCUCUGAGCACCCCCUCCAUCCCCCCCAAAAAAAGAUCAUGCUUUAUUUUUCUCCCCCUUUUCCCCUCUAUUUUUGGGGGGUUUUCUCUGCUUUCCCACGGCGCUGCAGGCUCUGGGGGCCGCACCGCACACGGCAGCAGGGGUUAAUGCACGGGCAGCAGCCACGGUGGUUCCUCUCCCGGCCCUUUUUAACUUUAUUAAUACAUAUACUGAGAUAUAUGUGUGUGUG